AUGGAUGUUGAAGCGAGUUUCUUUGGUGGCAUUGCCUCCGAGGAAGUCAUCCGAUGUGUCGACAUGCAUACAUGUGGCGAACCUGCAAGAAUUAUCUACUCUGGUUUCCCGAAGUUGACGGGCAGCACACUGCUGGCCAAGCGUGAGCAGGCGUCAAAAGAGUACGACCACAUCCGCAGGAGGAUAAUUUUGGAGCCUCGUGGUCAUUGGGACAUGUAUGGAGCUGUUCUGGUACCAGAGACAGAGCUCGUUGCUGCGGGCCAAGCGGAUAUGGGAGUCCUGUUCAUGCACAAUGCUGGGUUUUCAAAGAUGUGUGGCCACGCGACGUUGGCGCUGGGCCGCUUUUUGGUUGACGCACCCAAGUCUAUCUUCCCACAACGAAAUAGAUUGAGAGUAGACGCAGAAGGGUCGACCAUCCAGCUGAGUAUUCAUGCGCCGACGGGGAUCCUGAAGCUCACUGUGCCAACGUUGCCGAAUGGCCGAUCAGACCCAUCCCGGCCCGUGUCGUUUGUGUCUGUGCCUUGCUACGCAAGUGGCAUUUCAGUGCAGAUUCCUAUCAAACCCUCCUUCCGAUGGCCAGAGUUGGGCGGUCGAAGUUCAAUCAAUGCCGACUUCAGCUAUGGAGGCGUUUUUUAUUGCUUGAUUGAUGCACGGGAACUCGGAUUCCCCCAAGGACUAGCCCGAGUCGACAUUGAGAAGAUGAAAAAGGCUGCCAGUUUGCUCAAAGGAGCCGUGAACACAAACCCUGAGAUGUCACCAUACACCACAACUCGAGAUGCUAGUGAGGCGGAGCCAUUGUAUUCAGUGUUGAUAGUCGACAGAGCCAGGCGUAUCGAAGAACCUGAGCCUUCCAACGGUCACGAUAGCGAGGAGACUGGACUUUGUUUCUUUGCGGAUGAGCAGAUAGACCGCUCCCCCACAGGUGGCGGCGUUGCAGCUCGUAUUGCUCUCGCGUACGCCACGGGCGAGUUGAACCUUACACAAAAGCGAGUAUACCAUUCUUUGCUUUCCAAAGCCAAUUCUGGAUCCGGGGGGUUCAGGGGCUCCAUCACUGAGAUUGUGAAGCCCAGUUCGAAGGUAUCGGGUUCCGAUCUCUGCGUCGAUAAUCCUACUGUCAGAGUUUUGGUCGAGGGAAGGGCCUUCUAUACGGGAACGAUAAAUAUCCUAGUGGAAAAACAGGAUAACAUCGCAAGCAGUGGUUUUGCGUUCAAUCAGCUGGAUAGUUGUCACACUGAACUGCCACAAGAUAUCACCUAA